AUGGACAUCAAGUUUUGCAAGACCAACCUCCUCAUUGAGCACAAGGAGUUGGAUGGGAGUUCCAAUUCAAUUGGGCAUGAGGAAGAUUUGCGAGAAGAGGAGCCUGACUCGAUCGAGCUGAGGAUCGAGCUGAGUCGAGCUGAAGAUCAGUCCAGGAAUGCGGAUUUGGGUGAGCCUGAGUGCUAUUACUUUGAGGAGUAUGAGGCUCCAAGGAUGAACCCCUCUGUUGUGGCUGCUCACAAGAGGAUUGGACUUCUCCAAAAGUUCAACAAAUGGCAAGGGAAAGCCAUUGAAAGAUGCAAAAGUCCAUGGACAAGAUGGUGA